AUGGUACACUGUGCUGUCGCUAUUUCGAGCCUAAGCAGUACAAAAUUGGUAGCAGAAACUCUGCGAACUGUGAGUGAAACUAAUACGCAUUCUACUUGGAUAGUUAACAACACUCUUGGCACUACCGGAAGCUUAGCUGAAAUAAGGUAUUUUCCUGGCAACGCGAAUAAGAUGAGGUUGUACGACAUACCGUUGAAAGUCCGGCACAGAGCCUUGUACUGCUUUUACGCCUUCUGUUUUUUCUACCAUCCAAUCAAUACUUUGUUACACUUGGACGAGGUUCGAGCCAAAGCUAUAGAGGUAGCUCGGAAGAGUAUAGAUAAAUAUGGUGUUGCUGAAAAGGGAAGGUUUUUUGCAGAAGCUGAACAGGAAUUUCAGCUUGAAAAGUCUAGUGGGAUUUCUACUGGUUCUGUGCGAACUGCUCCCUUUGCUAUUGAUUUUUUGCUAGCUUAUUACCUUUUAUUGGAAGUUUUUUUGGAUGUUUAUGUCCCAAAGGUCCAAAAUCGGAUUAACAUUCUUGUCACUCUGAGAACUUUUAAGGUGCAGUUGUUGAGAUUUCUGAUACAAAUUGCCUUCGUCGAAAAUGUGCUUGAUGGUUUUGAUUUACUCGUUAUAAUAGAGCUACUCUGA